GCAUUAAGCCUUUGGUCCGGUGGGAGGGAGGACAGUGUUGCAGUGAAAGACAAUGCAGAGGCUGCACUAGCAGUGAGGUUCCAUACUACCCAGGAAAUCAUUAAUAGCUGGGCUAAGCAGUGAAACCUCAGAGCCUGGCAUCACAGCGGUGGUCGAGAUAGUAGCGGAGCUGAGUAGCAGCAAAAGAGAGCCACUUGCAGAGGUGGUGGUAGCAGUGGAAUCACUGCUUAAUGAGCUUUCCCUGCUUUUUCCAGGGUAGUGGAGUGAACCUACCUCUGCACUCGGGAUUCACUGAUCAAGGACAAUCAGCUGUGGGUGGAGAGCACCGCAGGGAAAGGGGUGUGCCGUGUUGAAAAGACUUUCACAGUGCAAGGUGGGAAACUGAGGCAAAGGACAUUGCCCAACGUACUGUAGGGGCUUGGCUUUGUAAGACACCUAUCUCUAGACUCUCCGUGCUAUACGAUAAUUCACUGCAAACGAAAGCGUUACUCAGGCUGGACGUGUGCUUUGGAAGGAACACACUCUGGAAGAAUGAGGCACAUGUUGGGCUUCCUUAUCAUUGUCGUCUCAGUGACAUUAUGCGAUGCACAAUGCUGGCUGGCAAGAAUUGAAUCUGAUGCACAAGGCUGCACUGAUGAGAACGGAGUGCUACAUGAAUUCAACUCCAAAUGGAAAACGAAGGGUUGCCAGAGCUGUAGCUGUAGCAAGGAAACGAUGCAGUGCUGCAGCCUCAUUAUCACCCCUGUUGACUACGACAAAGAGAAAUGUGAAAGUAUAUUCUACGAGGAGACCUGUAGCUACAAAGUGGUGGAAAAGGCUGACCCCUCUAAGCUCUGUGAGGUCCAUGGUGCUGUGGGCUAACAAACAACCCAUUGAGAAUCAAGAUUGCCAUCUGGGCAAAUCCUUUUGGAUCACAGUUGUUUUUAAGCAUCUUUAAGCAAUUCAGUGUGUGAGAAUACCAGGCCUGUAUUUGAUUCUAGGGUGUUCGUUACUAUCUGCGGUGGCAUAAUCGAGCUAUGAGCACAGGUCUUGUAAAUUCUUUUCUGAUGAUCAUUUGACUAAAAUAAACUCUGAUACAGCAUCAAA